ACAACCAGAGGUCAUCCAGCCGGCUUAAAUAACCGUCAAAAAAAAUCUAAACAAUUAAAACCCGUGAAUUCUGUCAAGCUCCGCAUCAAUCAUCAGAGUAAUCCCGAAGGAGUUAAUAAAAAUGGAAAUAAAGGAGAGUAGUUCGUCAGAAAGUGAGACGAAUCUGGCCUCGUUAUUCAACUCAGGUUUUGAUCUCUUCAACUCCCUGGACGAGGCCGAAAAACCAACGUCUAACCUAGAGAUCCAGGUCCAGGUGAAGAGAUGCAUGAAGAUGCUGGAGGAUGCGACAAAGUUGGUGUCUGUGGUUGACAUGUUCAGUAAAAAUGAGAAUUUCGAGGAAAUUGCUACGGAGAAUCUUAAAUAUUUUCUUCUUCCUGCUCUUCUGGGCACCCUCGCCACAAAACUGUGCGACAAGGCUCAUCGUUUGCAUCAUGUAAACGUCUCAGAGGUUUAUUUCUACGAUUUUUUGGAGAGAGUCAAGGCCUACGGUAUUGUGGACGUGGAAAUUCCUGAAAGGAAAGUUAAUGUAGCUGGAGCUUCUGAUGAGACUCAGCAGGUGUCAAAAGCUCCUCCAUCCAACACAAAAAUGAUCGAGGAGAUGGUUCAUACACGUGACAGCAAGCUGAAGCGAUACAGAGAAGAGAAGGAGCUACAGGAGAAGUUGGGUGUGCUGAAGCAGGCGAUGGACAAUCCUAAUCUGGAUGACGAGGUCAUCAGGAAGUACUUUUUGACGUUGAUCAAGUCCUACGUGAUGAAGGCCAUCGACGAGAUCAACUCAUUGGCUCAGGAGAAGGAGAUUCUUGCGUACAUGGAGAAGGUGAAGAGCGAAGAGGGCGAAGAGAUCAAGACACCGAAGGAUUAUCACCCCCCAAAGCUACAGCCCAUCAUUAUCACGAAAACUGAUGUUCAGAAGAAAAUAUUUGGAGCUGGAUAUCCAAGUCUGCCAGUGAUGACUGUUGAGGAAUUCUACGAGAAAAAAGUUGCGGAUGGCGAGUGGUCUGCUGCUGGUCCAGGGGCCAGUGCCAAGAGCCUUCAGGAUAUGGCGAAUAAUCAGAACUCGAGUCAGGAGACUCCUGAAGACAUCGAGAAGGAGGGAAAAAUCGAGAGGGAUGAUGAGGAGACCCUCGCGCAGCAGAGGGCCAUGGACGAGUAUAAGGAUACACACAAAAGGGGGUGGGGAAACAGACACAAUCGCAGUUAAAACAUCGAUUGAAAUCUGUCUUUAACAAUCCACGUGUCCCAGUUCAUUUGCCAUCUUUACAAUAGUUCAUACUAUUGUAACAGAAAUUUGAUGAUUUCUAUUCAUAAUUUGGUGAAUCAUAGUAUUUUUUUCAAUUCUUUAAA